AUGUCGAACAUCAUCCACAAGGUUAAGGACGUGGUCACCGGUCAUCACCACGAGAACAAGACCGAGAACCCCUCUUCCGACAACCACGGUCCUCACUCCUCCAAGAUGGCCAACAAGAUGGACCCUCGCGUCGACAGUGAUCGUGACAACCGUGCUCGCCACGAAGCCAUGGGUGGUACUCACGGCCCCCAUGAGACCAACAUGGCCAACAAGGCCGACCCCCGCGUCGACUCGGACCGUGACCACCGCGCUCACCCCUCCACCACCACUGGAUACAGCGGCAGCACCAACGCUGGUCCUCACGACAGCAACAUGGCCAACAAGGCCGACCCCCGCGUCGACUCGGACCGUGACAACCGCGCCCGCCACGAGGCUCUCGGCGGUGCCCAGGGCCCUCACAGCUCCAGCAUGGCCAACAAGAUGGACCCCCGCGUCGACUCGGACCGUGACAACCGUGCCGCUCACCACUCCACCACCUCCACUGGCGCUGGCUACGGUGGUGCCACCACUGGCUACAGCGGCAGCACCAACGCUGGUCCUCACGAUAGCAACAUGAUGAACAAGAUGGACCCCCGUGUCGACUCGGACCGCGACAACCGUGCCCGCCACGAGGCUCUCGGCGGUGCUCAGGGCCCUCACAGCUCCAGCAUGGCCAACAAGAUGGACCCCCGCGUCGACAGUGACAGAGACAACCGCGCUGCUUACGGCGGAGCUUCCACCGGCCCCGGCGCCUACGGCUCUUCCACCGGUGCUGCAGGCUACGGUGCUGGCCCUACCACCACCACUGGCACCGGCUUCGGCACCACCGGCAGCACCAACGCCGGCCCUCACAGCUCCAACCUGAUGAACAAGGCCGAUCCCCGCGUCGACUCGGACCUGGACAACCGCGCCCGUCACCACGGUAUGGCCAGCAGCAGCUACAACACCGGUGCCACUGCCGGCCCCCACCGCUCCGACAUGGCCAACAAGAUGGAUCCCCGCGUGGACUCCGACUUGGACAACCGUGGUACCCUUGGUUCUCAGCGUGGCUUUUAAAAAUACACGAAAUCCAGAGACCAACCCAGAAAGGAAUUUAGACAAAAGAGGAAACGGGGAGACAGUCUGGAGUGUCUGACUGACUGACUGACUGAACCCUUGUCUUUGUUUUCUCUUGUUUUUUUUCCUCUUAUGAUGCUGUUACGACCCCCUUUGCUCUCGUGAUG